AUGGCUAAGAAUGCCAUGACGCCGGAGGAGCAGCUGGAGGACCUGCAAAGGCGCUUCCAGCUGCUCGAAGGUGAACGCAAAGCAACAUACGAGACGGCAAAGCUGAACAUCCAGCAGAACAAGGAGAUUAUCGGCCAGAUGAAAGACGAGAAUAAAACGCUUAGAAAUCAGAUUGCGACACUCCGCGACGAGAAGCCGCAGUCAUUGGAAAAGAUUCUGGAGCAGACAAUGCAUGAAGUGCAGCAGAUGCAGAGGAGAUUUGAUCUCCUCAGGAACGAAAACAACAAGAGGCGGGGCCACAUAGAGCAGCUCAGCAUCAAGCAGGGUGAGCUUUCCAUGGGCUCCAAGAUGCAUUCUAGCGAAGCCUCGCCAGAGAUGAGACAUAUCCGGGUCUUGGAGAAUCGGCUUGACAAAGUGAUGAUCAAGUACAACGAGGCUCAGAGUAUCCGGAAGACAUACGAGGCCAUCGUCAAGCGCCUCAAGGAUGAGCGUAUAGGCUUCGACAACCAACUCGCGGCCAUCGAGCGCACCUUGAAGGCCAAGGAGCGAGAUUACGAGGAACUGCUCCUGCUGUCGCACGACGCCUACCACGCCAAGGAGAUGGCGCAGGCGGAGUUGCAUCGCUUCGAGCAGGGGGUGAUGGAAGAGAGAAAUCAGCGAGACAAGGAGGUUCAAGAAAAGAAAAUCUUGGUUGAGCAGCGUGUCGAGAUGAACAAGAGAUUGGAGCUUCGGGAAAAAAGCUUGAAACAGCAGCCCGAGACAGAAAAAGGUCAUGACCGAUCCUUAAAGGAGGCAUCGGUUGCAUCCGAGUUCACAGCAGGCUAUUCUGGUGACGCAGCACAAGAGGAACUGCAGAAGAUUAUGGACUACAAGGAAGCCGUGCAGGCAAUCAAGGAUGCUACAGGCGUGAGCGAUGCCAAUGAGAUCAUCCAGAAGUUUCUGACGCAGGAAGACACCCAGAAGAACCUGCAGCAGCUUACCAAGGAGAACCAGGAAACCAUCGACAGGUUGACCGAAGACCGGCGAAAGCUGCGUCUUCAGGUGGAGGACUUGAAAUUCUCUAGCGGAGGGCCGGCUGGACGUCGGCAGGCCAUUGAUGACUUCGAGUCCCACUUGGGAGAAGCCACGGAGAAGUUCGAGCGGAACCGCGGCAAAUAUGAGCGCGUGGCAAGGCUGCUGAUUGACAUGAAAGCUGGUAUCGGACACCUGUCCGAAAAGUUGCAGAUUGUGAAGCUGGAGGGUGAAACAACCAUUGACCCCAACGACGACAAGAUCGAGGUUGAGCACAUGCUAGAGCAGUGUGAGCUGAAGAUCUCAAAGCUUUUAAGCCUGACGGCCCCAUUGGAAGACGUCAGCGACCGUCAGCGUCGAAUGGACGAUGAAAAGUACGAGGAGAAGCUGAUGCUGCGUAGCCAGUCUGAAGCACGCAUCAAGCUCAACGUGCAGGAGGAGGAGCAUGAUGACGAUGAUGAUGACUUGGACGAAGAGCUGGACGAUGAAGUUUCACACCGCAAGCAGAUCAAGUACAACAGUGAGCGCGUCGAGCAACAGCAGCAAAUCAGGAAUAAGCGCAAGGCCAAGGGCAAGAAGAAGGACACAUGA